AUGCAGGAUGCAGGGAGGAACCAUGCGGGUGCUUUCUCACUCGGUUCGCGAAGUGGCAGCAUGCCUGCUACAGCUGCUACAGCUGCUACAACUGCUCUCGUCGCCGCCAUGUCGUCGGGUCCAGCUGCUGCCUCACUCUCCGCUCCCCCUGCUUCCGCCCUCCGCCCGCCUUCCGUCCGCGCGCCCCAACCACCUGCCUGGGCGCCUUCCGCCAACCCGACUGCCGAGGUGGCAGUCAUACCCGCGACGGCGAGUGCAGCGGGCGCACCGGGCCCGCGCAUAACCCUGUGCGACGUUGACGCGACACUCUUCCCCGACUCUCGCCUCCCCAAUCUCUCCGCCGCUUCCACUGCGCCUGCCGUCACCUCGUCUCUCACCUUUUCCCCUCCCGCACCCGCUUCCCCACCUGCACCCACUCCCCCCGCACCCACUCUCCCCGCUUCCGCUCCUUUCCUAAGCCCCGCCCCUAAUGGAGCCUUCGCAUCGGUUCCGGCUCACUCGCCUCCCGCCGUUCCAACCCCCUCCGCUCCUAUCUCCUCCGCUCCUAUCCCCUCCGCUCCUUCUCCUUUCGCUCCCACUCCCCCCGCUCCUACUCCCCCCGCUCCUACUCUCCCUGCUCCUACUCCCCCCGCUCCUGCUCCCCCCGCUCCUACUCCUCCUGCUCCUGCUCCCCUCGCUCCUACUCCCCCCGCUCCUACUUUCCCAACCGGCGAGUCCCCUCCAGUAGGUCUCCCUUCCGCCGCACCUCCCCUCCUCCCCGUUCCUCCCGCCCCGCCUGUCCCACGUGGCACCGCGCGCGCUGCCAACGCCUCCGCCAACGCGCGCUCCUCUGGGGCAAACGCGCGCCCUCCCGCCUCCUCCCGCCGCCCUCCCGCCGCUGGCGGGCGCAAGCGCGCUCAGCCGCCUUCCAGUGACACGGCAGGGUUGUUAGCCAAUCAGAGAGCAGCAAGUUCACAGUCGCGUGGCGCUAUGUUGGCGCUGGCGGCGGCAGCAGGAGGGGACGCUGAAGCGGACAUGGGGGAAGUGUACUUUCUCAUUCUGCACUUUUUGACGGGCAGCCCGUGCCGUCGGGCAGCAAAAGUUUUGAAAGAGGAACUGGAGGAGUUGAAUCUGCUUCCACAGCGGUACCAUGCGGUGUACUCGCGCGGGGGAAGGCGGACAGGCGCAAGCAGCGCGAGUGAAGGGCGGCAGGGUGGUAGGGGCAGCGAGAGUGGUGGCGAGGGGAGUGCACGUGGGGAGGCGGGGGUGGUGGGGGCACAGGGGAAGGCUGGUGAGGUUGGGGGGAGGGGAGGAGGCGUGGAGGGGGAGAGGGAGAUGACAGUUCCCUUGAGCUACGAGGAGCUGAGGGAGAGGUACGCGCACAUUGCCCCCAACCACCUCUUCCUGCUGCUGCAGGAGCUGCUGCAGUCGUCCCAUCUUGCUGUCUCCUCCGCCUCCCUCCUCCCCUCCGCACCUCUCUCCUCCUCUCCGCUCCUCCUGCCACCGUCAGCAGCACUAGCCCUCUCUCCUGCCCCUUUUGCUGCAGCAGCUGCUGCACCCACCGUCGCUGCCCCUCCCUCAGCUUCCGCCCUUGCCAUUGCCGCCGCACCUCCCUCCGCCUCCGCCCUUCCCACUGCACUCGAGGAGGCCUCGCUGGUGGCAGAAGCCGUUGCAGCUGUAGGCGCGAGAGUUGCCAGUGGUUCGGAGGCAGGGCGGCAGGUAGGGGGUGCAGAGGCAGCAGCAGAGGGAUCAGUAGGUGCGGCUGUGCCACAGAUGCACGGAAACGGGACGGAGUCUACUGCAGCAGCCGAGCAACUGGCGGUUCCAGGGCAACUAGCAGCAGCAGGAUCCACUGUAGCAGGCGCUGCAGCAGCAGAAGCAGGUGGUGAAGCAGCAGGGGCAGCGGCAGCAGAGGGGGCAGGCAGCCGAGUUCUGGUGCUGGCAUCGCCGGCAGCACUGGUGGUGGGAGCAACGGCAGGGGCAGAGAGGGCUGAGAGGGGGGAGAGGGGCGAGCAGGGUGCAGACGGAGAGGGUGUGUUGGUGGGCACGGGGGCGGGCGUGGCAGCAGCGAGGGACAGGUGGUGGGUGUGUGCGGGAGACGUGCCAACGCUGCUGGGCCAUGGCGGGAUAAGCCUGAGGCGAGCGGAGUGGCUGCCAGCGCUGCUCUCUGCUCCGCGCACCUUUCUUCCCCACACAGCCCAUCCGCACCUCUCUGCACCGCUCCUGCGCUCCCUCACGCUCAGAGAGACGGGCGGAGGGGUGUGCUCGCGUGCUGCCAGGGCUGUCAGUGCACGGGCGGCGUCGCAGGCGGUGGCGUCCCCCGCGCUGCUGCUGAGCCGCAUGGAGCAGCUGAAGGUGCUACGCGGCCACCGCAACGCCGUCUACUGCGCGGUGUACGACCACGUGGGCCGGUACCUGAUAACGGGGUCGGACGACCGCCUGGUCAAGAUCUGGAGCAUGCACCAUGGCAUCUGCCUCGCCACCUGCCGCGCCCACACCGGCGACAUCACGGAUCUAGCAGUGAGUCAGGGCGACAAGUGGGUGGCAUCUGCCUCCAACGACUGCCUCAUCCGCGUGUGGGAGCUACCGAGUGGGCAUCUGGAGGUGACGCUAGUGGGCCAUGCAGACGCCGUCACCGCUGUCGCAUUCAGCCCCACCGCUCACCACCACCUCCUCUCGGCAUCGGAGGACGGCUCAUGCCGGCUGUGGGACGUCACUGCUGCAGCGGACAGCUCCUGCCUGCGCCUCUUCCUGCCCGCCUCCCACCCCACCAAGAUUCCCUUCCCUCUGGGAACGUUUCUGAACCGCACGCAGCAGGGGGGCGCGGAGAUGACCAACGAGGAGCGCGCCAAGAUGCUGCCCCCCAAAGUGCUGUGCGCUGCCUUCAACGCCGACGGCUCUCUCUUUGUCACUGGCAGCGAGGAUGGGCGCACGCGGGUGAGUGAGGAUGGGCUCACGAGGGUGAGUGAGGAUGGGCUCACGAGGGUGAGUGAGGAUGGGCUCACGAGGGUGAGUGAGGAUGGGCUCACGAGGGUGAGUGAGGAUGGGCUCACGAGGGUGAGUGAGGAUGGGCUCACGAGGGUGAGGGAGGAUGGGCUCACGAGGGUGAGUGAGGAUGGGCGCACGCGGGUGAGUGAGGAUGGGCGCACGCGGGUGAGUGAGGAUGGGCUCACGAGGGUGAGUGAUGAUGGGCUCACGAGGGUGAGUGAGGAUGGGCUCACGAGGGUGAGUGAGGAUGGGCUCACGAGGGUGAGUGAGGAUGGGCUCACGAGGGUGAGUGAGGAUGGGCUCACGAGGGUGAGUGAGGAUGGGCUCACGAGGGUGAGUGAGGAUGGGCUCACGAGGGUGAGUGAGGAUGGGCGCACGCGGGUGAGUGAGGAUGGGCGCACGCGGGUGAGUGAGGAUGGGCUCACGAGGGUGAGUGAGGAUGGGCUCACGAGGGUGAGUGAGGAUGGGCUCACGAGGGUGAGUGAGGAUGGGCUCACGAGGGUGAGUGAGGAUGGGCUCACGAGGGUGAGUGAGGAUGGGCUCACGAGGGUGAGUGAGGAUGGGCUCACGAGGGUGAGUGAGGAUGGGCUCACGAGGGUGAGUGAGGAUGGGCUCACGAGGGUGAGUGAGGAUGGGCUCACGAGGGUGAGUGAGGAUGGGCUCACGAGGGUGAGUGAGGAUGGGCGCACGCGGGUGAGUGAGGAUGGGCGCACGCGGGUGAGUGAGGAUGGGCUCACGAGGGUGAGUGAGGAUGGGCUCACGAGGGUGAGUGAGGAUGGGCUCACGAGGGUGAGUGAGGAUGGGCUCACGAGGGUGAGUGAGGAUGGGCUCACGAGGGUGAGUGAGGAUGGGCUCACGAGGGUGAGUGAGGAUGGGCUCACGAGGGUGAGUGAGGAUGGGCUCACGAGGGUGAGUGAGGAUGGGCUCACGAGGGUGAGUGAGGAUGGGCUCACGAGGGUGAGUGAGGAUGGGCGCACGCGGGUGAGUGAGGAUGGGCUCACGAGGGUGAGUGAGGAUGGGCGCACGCGGGUGAGUGAGGAUGGGCUCACGAGGGUGAGUGAGGAUGGGCUCACGAGGGUGAGUGAGGAUGGGCUCACGAGGGUGAGUGAGGAUGGGCGCACGCGGGUGAGUGAGGAUGGGCUCACGAGGGUGAGUGAGGAUGGGCUCACGAGGGUGAGUGAGGAUGGGCUCACGAGGGUGAGUGAGGAUGGGCUCACGAGGGUGAGUGAGGAUGGGCUCACGAGGGUGAGUGAGGAUGGGCUCACGAGGGUGAGUGAGGAUGGGCUCACGAGGGUGAGUGAGGAUGGGCUCACGAGGGUGAGGGAGGAUGGGCUCACGAGGGUGAGUGAGGAUGGGCGCACGCGGGUGAGUGAGGAUGGGCGCACGCGGGUGAGUGAGGAUGGGCUCACGAGGGUGAGUGAGGAUGGGCGCACGCGGGUGAGUGAGGAUGGGCUCACGAGGGUGAGUGAGGAUGGGCUCACGAGGGUGAGUGAGGAUGGGCUCACGAGGGUGAGUGAGGAUGGGCUCACGAGGGUGAGUGAGGAUGGGCUCACGAGGGUGAGUGAGGAUGGGCUCACGAGGGUGAGUGAGGAUGGGCUCACGAGGGUGAGUGAGGAUGGGCGCACGCGGGUGAGUGAGGAUGGGCGCACGCGGGUGAGUGAGGAUGGGCUCACGAGGGUGAGUGAGGAUGGGCUCACGAGGGUGAGUGAGGAUGGGCUCACGAGGGUGAGUGAGGAUGGGCUCACGAGGGUGAGUGAGGAUGGGCUCACGAGGGUGAGUGAGGAUGGGCUCACGAGGGUGAGUGAGGAUGGGCUCACGAGGGUGAGUGAGGAUGGGCUCACGAGGGUGAGUGAGGAUGGGCUCACGAGGGUGAGUGAGGAUGGGCUCACGAGGGUGAGUGAGGAUGGGCUCACGAGGGUGAGGGAGGAUGGGCUCACGAGGGUGAGUGAGGAUGGGCGCACGCGGGUGAGUGAGGAUGGGCGCACGCGGGUGAGUGAGGACGGGCUCACGAGGGUGAGUGAUGAUGGGCUCACGAGGGUGAGUGAGGAUGGGCUCACGAGGGUGAGUGAGGAUGGGCUCACGAGGGUGAGGGAGGAUGGGCUCACGAGGGUGAGUGAGGAUGGGCUCACGAGGGUGAGUGAGGAUGGGCUCACGAGGGUGAGUGAGGAUGGGCUCACGAGGGUGAGUGAGGAUGGGCUCACGAGGGUGAGUGAGGAUGGGCGCACGCGGGUGAGUGAGGAUGGGCGCACGCGGGUGAGUGAGGAUGGGCUCACGAGGGUGAGUGAGGAUGGGCUCACGAGGGUGAGUGAGGAUGGGCUCACGAGGGUGAGUGAGGAUGGGCUCACGAGGGUGAGUGAGGAUGGGCUCACGAGGGUGAGUGAGGAUGGGCUCACGAGGGUGAGUGAGGAUGGGCUCACGAGGGUGAGUGAGGAUGGGCUCACGAGGGUGAGUGAGGAUGGGCUCACGAGGGUGAGUGAGGAUGGGCUCACGAGGGUGAGUGAGGAUGGGCGCACGCGGGUGAGUGAGGAUGGGCUCACGAGGGUGAGUGAGGAUGGGCGCACGCGGGUGAGUGAGGAUGGGCUCACGAGGGUGAGUGAGGAUGGGCUCACGAGGGUGAGUGAGGAUGGGCUCACGAGGGUGAGUGAGGAUGGGCGCACGCGGGUGAGUGAGGAUGGGCUCACGAGGGUGAGUGAGGAUGGGCUCACGAGGGUGAGUGAGGAUGGGCUCACGAGGGUGAGUGAGGAUGGGCUCACGAGGGUGAGUGAGGAUGGGCUCACGAGGGUGAGUGAGGAUGGGCUCACGAGGGUGAGUGAGGAUGGGCUCACGAGGGUGAGUGAGGAUGGGCGCACGCGGGUGAGUGAGGAUGGGCGCACGCGGGUGAGUGAGGAUGGGCUCACGAGGGUGAGUGAGGAUGGGCUCACGAGGGUGAGUGAGGAUGGGCUCACGAGGGUGAGUGAGGAUGGGCUCACGAGGGUGAGUGAGGAUGGGCUCACGAGGGUGAGUGAGGAUGGGCUCACGAGGGUGAGUGAGGAUGGGCUCACGAGGGUGAGUGAGGAUGGGCUCACGAGGGUGAGUGAGGAUGGGCUCACGAGGGUGAGUGAGGAUGGGCUCACGAGGGUGAGUGAGGAUGGGCUCACGAGGGUGAGUGAGGAUGGGCUCACGAGGGUGAGUGAGGAUGGGCUCACGAGGGUGAGUGAGGAUGGGCGCACGCGGGUGAGUGAGGAUGGGCUCACGAGGGUGAGUGAGGAUGGGCUCACGAGGGUGAGUGAGGAUGGGCUCACGAGGGUGAGUGAGGAUGGGCUCACGAGGGUGAGUGAGGAUGGGCUCACGCGGGUGAGUGAGGAUGGGCUCACGAGGGUGAGUGAGGAUGGGCUCACGAGGGUGAGUGAGGAUGGGCUCACGAGGGUGAGUGAGGAUGGGCGCACGCGGGUGAGUGAGGAUGGGCUCACGAGGGUGAGUGAGGAUGGGCUCACGAGGGUGAGUGAGGAUGGGCUCACGAGGGUGAGUGAGGAUGGGCUCACGAGGGUGAGUGAGGAUGGGCGCACGCGGGUGAGUGAGGAUGGGCUCACGAGGGUGAGUGAGGAUGGGCUCACGAGGGUGAGUGAGGAUGGGCUCACGAGGGUGAGUGAGGAUGGGCUCACGAGGGUGAGUGUGGAUGGGCUCACGCGGGUGAGUGAGGAUGGGCUCACGAGGGUGAGUGAGGAUGGGCUCACGAGGGUGAGUGAGGAUGGGCUCACGAGGGUGAGUGAGGAUGGGCUCACGAGGGUGAGUGAGGAUGGGCUCACGAGGGUGAGUGAGGAUGGGCUCACGAGGGUGAGUGAGGAUGGGCUCACGAGGGUGAGUGAGGAUGGGCGCACGCGGGUGAGUGAGGAUGGGCUCACGAGGGUGAGUGAGGAUGGGCGCACGCGGGUGAGUGAGGAUGGGCUCACGAGGGUGAGUGAUGAUGGGCUCACGAGGGUGAGUGAGGAUGGGCUCACGAGGGUGAGUGAGGAUGGGCGCACGCGGGUGAGUGAGGAUGGGCUCACGAGGGUGAGUGAGGAUGGGCUCACGAGUGUGAGUGAGGAUGGGCUCACGAGGGUGAGUGAGGAUGGGCUCACGAGGGUGAGUGAGGAUGGGCGCACGCGGGUGAGUGAGGAUGGGCUCACGAGGGUGAGUGAGGAUGGGCGCACGCGGGUGAGUGAGGAUGGGCUCACGAGGGUGAGUGAGGAUGGGCUCACGAGGGUGAGUGAGGAUGGGCUCACGAGGGUGAGUGAGGAUGGGCUCACGAGGGUGAGUGAGGAUGGGCUCACGAGGGUGAGUGAGGAUGGGCGCACGCGGGUGAGUGAGGAUGGGCUCACGAGGGUGAGUGAGGAUGGGCUCACGAGGGUGAGUGAGGAUGGGCUCACGAGGGUGAGUGAGGAUGGGCUCACGAGGGUGAGUGAGGAUGGGCGCACGCGGGUGAGUGAGGAUGGGCUCACGAGGGUGAGUGAGGAUGGGCUCACGAGGGUGAGUGAGGAUGGGCUCACGAGGGUGAGUGAGGAUGGGCUCACGAGGGUGAGUGAGGAUGGGCUCACGAGGGUGAGUGAGGAUGGGCUCACGAGGGUGAGUGAGGAUGGGCUCACGAGGGUGAGUGAGGAUGGGCUCACGAGGGUGAGUGAGGAUGGGCGCACGCGGGUGAGUGAGGAUGGGCUCACGAGGGUGAGUGAGGAUGGGCUCACGAGGGUGAGUGAGGAUGGGCUCACGAGGGUGAGUGAGGAUGGGCUCACGAGGGUGAGUGAGGAUGGGCUCACGAGGGUGAGUGAGGAUGGGCUCACGAGGGUGAGUGAGGAUGGGCGCACGCGGGUGAGUGAGGAUGGGCUCACGAGGGUGAGUGAGGAUGGGCUCACGAGGGUGAGUGAGGAUGAGCUCACGAGGGUGAGUGAGGAUGGGCUCACGAGGGUGAGUGAGGAUGGGCUCACGAGGGUGAGUGAGGAUGGGCUCACGAGGGUGAGUGAGGAUGGGCGCACGCAGGUGAGUGAGGAUGGGCUCACGAGGGUGAGUGAGGAUGGGCUCACGAGGGUGAGUGAGGAUGGGCUCACGAGGGUGAGUGAGGAUGGGCUCACGAGGGUGAGUGAGGAUGGGCGCACGCGGGUGAGUGAGGAUGGGCGCACGCGGGUGAGUGAGGAUGGGCUCACGAGGGUGAGUGAGGAUGGGCUCACGAGGGUGAGUGAGGAUGGGCUCACGAGGGUGAGUGAGGAUGGGCUCACGAGGGUGAGUGAGGAUGGGCUCACGAGGGUGAGUCAGGAUGGGCUCACGAGGGUGAGUGAGGAUGGGCUCACGAGGGUGAGUGAGGAUGGGCUCACGAGGGUGAGUGAGGAUGGGCUCACGAGGGUGAGUGAGGAUGGGCUCACGAGGGUGAGUGAGGAUGGGCUCACGAGGGUGAGUGAGGAUGGGCGCACGCGGGUGAGUGAGGAUGGGCUCACGAGGGUGAGUGAGGAUGGGCGCACGCGGGUGAGUGAGGAUGGGCUCACGAGGGUGAGUGAGGAUGGGCUCACGAGGGUGAGUGAGGAUGGGCUCACGAGGGUGAGUGAGGAUGGGCUCACGAGGGUGAGUGAGGAUGGGCGCACGCGGGUGAGUGAGGAUGGGCUCACGAGGGUGAGUGAGGAUGGGCUCACGAGGGUGAGUGAGGAUGGGCUCACGAGGGUGAGUGAGGAUGGGCUCACGAGGGUGAGUGAGGAUGGGCUCACGAGGGUGAGUGAGGAUGGGCUCACGAGGGUGAGUGAGGAUGGGCUCACGAGGGUGAGUGAGGAUGGGCGCACGCGGGUGAGUGAGGAUGGGCUCACGAGGGUGAGUGAGGAUGGGCUCACGAGGGUGAGUGAGGAUGGGCUCACGAGGGUGAGUGAGGAUGGGCUCACGUGGGUGAGUGAGGAUGGGCUCACGAGGGUGAGUGAGGAUGGGCUCACGAGGGUGAGUGAGGAUGGGCGCACGCGGGUGAGUGAGGAUGGGCUCACGAGGGUGAGUGAGGAUGGGCUCACGAGGGUGAGUGAGGAUGGGCUCACGAGGGUGAGUGAGGAUGGGCUCACGAGGGUGAGUGAGGAUGGGCUCACGAGGGUGAGUGAGGAUGGGCUCACGAGGGUGAGUGAGGAUGGGCGCACGCGGGUGAGUGAGGAUGGGCUCACGAGGGUGAGUGAGGAUGGGCUCACGAGGGUGAGUGAGGAUGGGCUCACGAGGGUGAGUGAGGAUGGGCUCACGAGGGUGAGUGAGGAUGGGCGCACGCGGGUGAGUGAGGAUGGGCGCACGCGGGUGAGUGAGGAUGGGCUCACGAGGGUGAGUGAGGAUGGGCUCACGAGGGUGAGUGAGGAUGGGCUCACGAGGGUGAGUGAGGAUGGGCUCACGAGGGUGAGUGAGGAUGAGCUCACGAGGGUGAGUGAGGAUGGGCUCACGAGG